GAUGAAGUAUUCAUGGAAUGUUGCAUGUGAAGUUUGGAGACUUGCCUCACCCGUCCAAGGUGCUUUUAGAGAAGCACUUGUUGAUUUCAUGUUCAAUGGCUUCUACAUUCCCAAAGGAUGGAAGCUAUAUUGGAGUGCCAGCUCAACACACAAAAAUCCUGAAUUUUUUCCAGAGCCAGCAAAGUUUGAUCCUUCAAGAUUUGAGGGUUCUGGUCCCACCCCUUAUACAUUUGUGCCAUUUGGAGGAGGACCAAGGAUGUGCCCUGGAAAAGAAUAUGCAAGACUUGAAAUACUUGUUUUCAUGCACCAUUUAGUGAAAAGGUUCAAGUGGGAAAAAGUUAUUGCUGAUGAGAAAAUUGUUGUUGAUCCAAUGCCUGUUCCUGCUAAGGGACUUCCUGUUAGACUCUACCCUCACAGAGCUUAGUCGAUCAGAAGAAAUUUUAAUCGCACUGUGUGUUUAAAUCAGAUUGAUUGAUUAAUCAUGGUUAAGUGAUAAUUAUGUAUGUUUAAACGUAUGUCAUGCAUUUAUUGAUUAAGUGCAGGACACCUUGUGAGGCGGGUAAGUUUUUACCGGUCAGCUAUAUAUCAGUCUCAGCAUAAAAGUUUAUCUACAUUCGGUUUUCACACCAAAGUAAUUAAUGCAAUGCAAGACAAGUGUCUUUUGAAUAUACAUAUAUACCAAAACUAUAGUUGUAUAUGUAUUUUCACUUUUAACUAUAAUCUCUAAGGUUAAUUUGUUUAGUUUGGUGUAACUAUUGGGUGUGAAUAAACAUUUAUCAAAUUUCAACCUUUAUUAAUGAAGCUUAUAUUCCAAGAAGGUUUUUUUUUUUUUUUGGGGAAGAUGUAUACAACUAUCAAAACCAUGGUUUUCAAUGUAAGGUAGCCGUCUUAUCCAAUAUUUGAUUUGAUAUUCCUUUCUUUGAAUAUGAAAAAAUAAAGAGUUUAUUAAGUUAUGUGCAUUUUUUUAAUCAUUACAUUAAGUCGAUCGACAAUAACAAAUAAUUAAAGGCUGAUCUACCAUUGAAGUUACGAAUUUUACAGACGGUUGAAUUUAGUAGUUUUGUUCUAGAACACGGAUCUAUGUUAAGCAACUUA